UAUAUUUAAGGCUGCCUUAAAUUCAUCUUCAGAUACUUCUUAGCCAAUUAAAUGAGCCGUAUCUGUAUCUCGUACAUACGCUUCAAUGUUUGCAUCAAUUUCUUCAACUAGCGCAGCCAAUUCAGUUAAAGAAAACAGACCAAUAGUUUUAUUGUUUAUAUUAUCGGAUUGGAUAGUAAUGUCAUAUUUUCCCAACAGAUGACUAGUGUGUUUUACUAGAAAGAAAUUUCACUCUAGAUGGAGUGAGUGCAGGACUAUUCUGAUAACUGACGCCUUUAAGCAUCAUUUAGUGUAUGGAGAGCAUAUGUGAGGCGGUUUCCAUUUAAUUAAAUGAAGAUAGAACGUGACGCUACUAGCGUCGUUGCAAGCGUUAAGUGGAACCUACCGGUAAAAGCGUUUGUAUUCGCUUGAGAUCGGGAGAAAAAUGGAGCAACUAGACAAGCAGUACUUUCCUUCUUUGAUGCUGUUUUUCUUCCGUAAGGGGAAAAGCGCGACGCAAGCGAAGAAGAAAAUAUGUGCCACGUAUGGGAAUGAUGCUGUAACAGAACGCAUGUGUCAGAAAUGGUUUAAGAAGUUUCGUGCUGGUGAUACGACACUCGAGGAUGAGGAUGAGCGCUCUGUACCACCGGUUAUUGCUGAUGACAACCAAAUCAAGACUCUAAUCGAGAAUAAUCAACGGUACACGACGCAGGAGAUUGCAGAGAUACUCCACUUAUCACAUACAACUGUCAUCGAGUAUUUGCAAGAGCUGGGAUAUGUGAAUCGCUUUGAUCUCUGGGUGCCGCAUGAUCUGCCUGAAGAAAAUUUAGUCGAUCGCAUUUCCAUCUGCGAUUCGUUGCUUAAACGCAACACAAACAGUCCAUUUUUAAAACGAAUCGUGACGGGUGAUGAAACAUGGAUUAUCUACAACAAUGCAGUGCGCAAACAGUCCCAGGGAAAAUGUUCAAUAAAGCUGUCGACCGCCCCAAAGGCUGAGCUUCAUCCGCAGAAAGCCAAGCUGUGUAUUUGGUGGGACUGGAAGGGUGUGAUAUAUUAUGAGCUCCUUCCAAAGAAUGUACAGCUUAAUUCAAACAAGUACUGUGCUCAAUUGGAUAAACUGAAGGAAGCUAUUGCAGAAAAACGCCCGGAAUUGAUCAAUAGGAAGGGUGUUUUAUUCCAUCAGGACAACGCCAAGCCUCAUAUUUGUUUGAUCACUCAGAAAAAAAUAUUGCAACUUGGCUGGGAUGUUUUACCGCAUCCAAUAUAUUCACCAGAUGUUGCUCCUUCGAAUUACUACUUAUUCCGGUCCUUGCAGAACUUCCUCAAUGAUAAAGCGUUUGCUUCUUUGGAGGACUGCAAAGAACACCUUCAGCAGUUCUUUGCUGAAAAAACGCCCGAGUACUACGCGCAAGGAAUUAUGCAACUGCCUAUAAGAUGGCAAAAGGUUAUAGAAAAUAAAGGCUGUCACAUUAACGAUUGAAGCUGUUUUUAAAUACAUAUAUGUUUUUAAAUGUGUAUAAAUUUGCUUCAAUCUCGAGCUAAAAAUAUGACGUUACUUUCCUUACAAUCUAAUUUAUAUUUUAUAAUCUCUUACAAAUAUAUAUAUAUAUAUGUGUGUCGUUCACACAUACAAGUUCAGUCUUUAUUUUGUCUUUUCACGUUACUCGUUACUAGGGAUGAGCAAAAUUGUCGAAAAAAGAAGUUACAAAUAUCGAUAAUUUUGCACUUUGUAUCCAAUAGGAAAAUGUAUCUCUUGAGAAUUACUAAAUAAACGAAUUCUCUUGUUGAAUACUGAAAACGUUACAAAAUUCAUCGAAAAAAGUGUUUUUAUGCCGAUUCUACCGAAAAAUUGCUUUUAUUUUUGUUUUGUACAAUCAAACAAUGAAUCAAAUUAACUUCUGUCUCUAUUUGGAAAUAAAUAAACGUAAAAAAUGUUAUAUUAAGUUCAAAAAAGGAAUUUAGAGAAAGAUUUUAGGAUUUUGGAUUCCAGUUACAGAUAAUAUCAAUAUAUUUUCUAAUAACAUUGUUUUUUGUAAAUUUUGCUGAAACUUUUAAAUAAGUGAUCCGAAAGCAGUUGUAUCAGCGAAAAGAAUGAAGUAAUAUCUCAUACAGCGCACUUUAUUCGAUGGAAGUCUUGGGACAUAAGGACGUCCUUUGGACAUCUUCAGGACAUCCACUGGAGAUUUAUACUGUGUAUGAGGCGGAAAAAAAUUAUAAUUUCUUAUCCCAAAUAACAUUAAAACGUUUUAAGACGUCCUAAAACUGUCUUUAAACUGUCAACCGUCAACAAUAGGACGUCUCUAAGAAACGUCUUUGAGACGUCUUUUAGAGACACGCAGUGUUGUGUGGGAUAUUCGUGAUAGUUUAUGCGCUCAGUUUCACAUGAGAUAUAAUAUUCAGUAAUUUUAUUUACAAAUCAUCGACCCAGUGCAUAGGCUAAACGUACUUUAGUUUGCUUGGGAAUCAGUUUAUUUACAAAAAUGUGUCUUCGGAUCAUGGAACGACCGUCAGGUUCGCAGAUACAUGCAGGACAGCGUUUCGUCCUUCUCCGCAACAUCUUCCAUUUGAACAAAACUGAAGGUAUAAUCACCAUGGUACUGCACCCUCGAGAAAGAUCCAAAAAGAAAGUCUUUCGUAUCUUGGCAACAAUUCCCACGCACGGUUACCUUUCACAUUCGCCGUCAUCAUCAAACAUAAUAGGCACGCAGCGAUCCCUUGAUUCGGCUGCAACGUUCGAAAAAGAGAAUAGCUACUACCGGAAGACCAUGAACGUCACGCUUGAUCCCCCGGCGGAAGGAAACGUGGGGUACACAGUGCUCCGGCGAACAUUUUUUUACCCCCGGAUGAAUUUUCUAGUGCCAAAAGUCACUCUCUAGAUUUCAUAUUGAGAUUCUUGUUAAUAUGAAGGAAGAAACUGUUCGCGUCGGCUCAUUUUCCAGUGUGUAGUUCCUCUGUAAAGGAACUUGGAUUUUUACGGGACAAAACGAAUCUUCCCCGUUUGAGGAUAUAUGCUCGAUACCACACGCCUCCUUUUUGCGUUUCAUGUGUAACGUCGGUGUGACGUGUGACACUCCGUAGAACAUCUUCCGUAUGAUACAAACAAUCCGCGAUCCGCGUUUUCGAAACGGAAAAUGAUUCCGGUAGUACUCGCAUUAAGAUCCACGGUUGAAUGACUUGAAUUCCUUUUACUCUUCGUCUAAUACACUCUUUGUACACUUAUGGACGCUUGAGAUAAGCUUAUAGGUGACGGUGAUCGGUCGGAGAUACAACUUUAACAAUCGCACCUACGAUCGCCGAAGUACGUCGAGUAACGAAAAUGUUAUGGAAAAAAAAAGGAAAAAAACGAGAUCUAUCUCUCUCUUUCUCUCACCCCUUUUUUCUUUCUUUCUGCGUUUCACGCGUGUUUCAACGUACAGUAUAUACCGUAUUGUUUGCAACAUGUUCCCCGCGAUCUUCUGUCGACGCAACAAAGUACUAUACACGCACCGGUUCUAACGCACCGUUAGAGUCCCAUAACACCGUCUUGCAUUUUUCAUGCUUUCCACGCGAUUCUUCGUCAUGUGCUACAGUUGGGAAUUGUCGUGAAUGCGUCGUCGCGAUCGGUUUAACGCGCAAUUUCCUCAUGCUCGUCAUAUUUCGUAAUCUUCCUCGACAUGCGAGCGGACACUUCGAGACCGUCCGACUCUCCCUCUAACAUUUUGUCAACAUCAUACAUGCCAGUUGAUAUAUGCUAAUAAAACGUUAGACGCACAUGUGAAUAUUAUAAAUAUGACCUUGAAGGCAUAUAAAACUUUCUCAUUGCAAGAUAUCGCGCUGAGAAAAUUUUUAAUACAUCGAGUAACAAGCGUCUAAGAAAUGACGAUACGUGUUCAUCCCGACAGUCGAGCAUACAUCGUCGAGUCGACUGAUCGGAGCAUCGUUGGACGGAAUGAACACGGACCGAACGUAACACUGUCGCAAACAAUGGCCAUGCUUUGUACACUUAAGAAAUUUUCACCGUACGUCCUCGUCAAAACUAUACCCGUAGCGCUGCUAUGACACUUUCCUAAGUUACACGCGCUAAAAUAAAUUCGCAAUCGCAGCGGGCGAAAUCAAAUUUGUAAAAUUUAAUUUUAUGCCCUUUUUUCCAACGUGGAUUCUUUUAAACGUGUUUUCUAUCUCGUGGAUUUAUCUCGUGCUCCUCGUACAAUUAUAUGUCGUUAUAAAAAAAAAAAGGUAUCAUAUGCAAUAAAGUAAAAAAUACGAAUGUAACUAAUAUUCAUAAAUUAGAUUAUGUAACUCGUUCGUAUGUCAUGUGUAAUUAAUAUAUAAAAGAAAUAUAGAUAAAUACUAUUCUUUCGCGAUACAAGAUAAACGUACUUAUAAGUGUGGUUGUCCUGCUGUUUGGGAAAAAAAAAAAUAUAUCUUGUCUUCGAAAGAUGCAUUUCUUGAAGAUACGAAUGAACGCAUGCUUAAGUUAUGUUAAGAAGAAAAAUGCAAUUAUACGCGCAUGAUGAGACUCUAUAAUAUACACACACAGUAAAGAAUAGUUAACAAUGCUAUCCUUUCAGAAGAAAAAAAACGAGCAAAAUAAACUUUUGAAUAAUAUUACGGUUUUAUGUAAAAUAGGCCCGAUAUUCUUCCUUGCUUUCUUUUAUUUCUUUCCGUUUCUCUUUAAUCAUAUAGCAAUCUCAAGGUAAGUAAUUCAAUUGAAAGCAAACACAUGUUGGCAACAGUAUUGACAUCGAUUGAUCUUGCAAGUUCGCGAAUAUACCUCGUUAGGUUUGACUUUCUCUUUCUAUCAGCUGGUGGAAUGUUCUCCUUCAAUUUUUUAAAUUAAUUCUGCGAACGAUUCUUCUACAUACCUUCCGAGGUUAUUUUUUUUUUUUUUUUAAUUAGACAUUUCGGUCUAUCUAUCACUUUCGAUUGUAAUAAUGAUACCGCAAAUCUCUCUCUCUCUCUCUCUCUCUCUCUCUCUCUCUCUCUCUCUACGAAGUAUAUAUUAUAUAUUUAUUUUUAUAAUAUACGCGCGUGCGCGCGCAUGACUUGUGACGAGUCACCUUUAUCUCGUUUUAUUUCGCGCGCAUUUCUCUUUUGUUCCUUCACGUUAAUAAAGUCGCAUCAUUUUGCAAUAUGAAUAGAAUAUUAAAUAUGACACACACACACACACGCACACACA